GUCCCCCCCAGGGCCCGGCAGCGGUAUGAGGGGCCCCAACUCAAGAUGACCGUCCCAGCCCCAGCCUGGCCCCUCACUGUGCGUAUUCCCAACAGGAAUGGAGACAAGGAUAUGGGAGGCAGAAAUGGGGGGAAAGAUUGAGAUAGGGAAGGGAGUAGCAUCAUCAAUGUUGAGGAGGAAGGAAGACAGAUACAGAGACAGGAAUAGGCAACCAGGAGGAACAAAGCCAGACAAGAGACGGAUGUAAGACAGGGAUGGAGAUGUUAGGAGGUGGAAAUGGGACAAACAGAUGGUGAUGGGGAGAAAGGAAGGCAGAGACAGGAGACCAAGAGGCAGGAGAAAGGGAAGCAAGGUGAAGGAAGAGGCAGAGCCACACAGGACUCAAAAAAACAGGAGAGACAGGGACGAGAGAAGAGGAGGGAGAUAUGAGAGGCAGAAACCCCGAGAGGGAUGGGCAAACUUGGACAGGGAGAAAGAGAGCUAAAGGCAGAAGUGGGGAGGCAGGAGAAAGAGACACGGGGGUGGGACAAAAAGGAGGCAGAGACAGGCUCCGAUCAGAACCGAGGAGAUCAAGGAGACAUGUCCAGACAGAACAAGCACUGAAUGGAUGCCGAUCUGGGGUAAGGGACCCAGGGCCUCUCCCCAGCUCUGUCUUCCCAACACCCCAGGCCUCCAGGCUGCUGCUCCUGCUCCUCCUGCUCCCCCUGGACACCACCACAGCCAGCACCGCUGACGCCUGCACCUACCCUGACAGUCCUAUCAGCUCCACGUUCCUCCAGGCCAUCAGCGACUUGUCUGACUUCAUGCUCAGGGAUUACCCAGUGGAUAUUCCAGACAAUCUUCAGGUGGAUGAGCAGUGUUGGGCCCUGUGGCACCUGGCCUUGGCCAAGAAAACCCUGGAGAGCCUGAAGCUGGUGGCUGGGAGUAAACUGCAGGAUCCCCUGGAGGCCGUGUACACUGAGGUCAACUUUGUCAGUCAGUGCAUCAACCAGUCCUUUCCCAGCUGCCUCCGUUUCCGUAAAGCCAACAUCUCUCACCUCCUCCUGGAUGUCUCCAGACACCUGGGGGCCCUGCAGACCCUCAUCACUCGUCAGAGCUUCCAGCCUUGCCAACAGUAUCGCUGCCAGCCAGAGCCCUCCACUGUCACCACACUCCCCUCACCAGGCAGUCUUGGGGCACUGGGAAGCACCCUGAGGCCACCCCAGCCCUCCAACUUUCAUCUGCUGUCCCUGGGGGUGCUGCCAGUCCUGCUGCUGCUGAUCCUGGUGGCUGCCUGGAGGUGGAAGCAAAGAAAGAGGCAGUUGAGGCCACCAGGAUUCCCUAAGUCCACAAUACCCCAGGGCCCCCCAGACUCUGUCCCCCAGGAUCUGCAAUUGAUGGUGCUUUGAAAGAAGACUUGGAUGUCUGGAGGGCCUUGAAGGCCAAGCCCAGGAGCUGGGGUUAUCUCCUGAAGAAGCCUUCCAUAAGGAACCCAGCUUAAGACUGGCCUCAUUCCCUCCUUCUUCGAUGAGCCCGGGUUACUGCUCUCUUGUGGGGGGUUAAGGGGCCAUGCCCAAGCAGUGCCUGUGGCCCCUUCUCUCUACUCCAGACGGGUACCCUGCAGGCUACCUUCGGGCCCCCCACCCUCUGUACAAAGCU